UCAUUUGCCACUGCCUAAUGCCGUGAUUCUCUGGCUUACGCCUCUCAAUUGCUCUACCUCUCCAUUUUGCCAAAGAGCAUAAAAUGCCGUCUGCUAGUCCUGAUCCAAUUGAUGAAGAGAGGGAGCCAUUUGCUGAGGUUGAUCCAUCCGGGAGAUUCGGCCGAUACACCGAGCUACUAGGCCAUGGUGCAGUGAAGAAAGUAUACAGGGCAUUUGACCUAGAAGAAGGCAGAGAUGUGGCCUGGAAUCAGAUUAAGUUGAGCAAAUUCAGCGACACGCCUUAUAUCAUCGAUAAGAUCCAUUCGGAGAUUGCAUUGUUGAAGAACUUGAAGAAUGACAACAUCAUAGUACUAUAUCAUGUCUGGAAAGACAAUGAACAUAACAUCCUCAAUUUCAUCACUGAGGAAUGUGCCUCUGGUAAUUUAAGGGAUUAUAGGAAGAAGCAUCGUCACGUUUCGAUUAAGGCGUUGAAGAAGUGGUCUAGGCAAAUACUACAGGGCUUGGAUUAUUUACACACUCAUGACCCUUGUGUCAUUCAUAGAGACCUCAAUUGCAGUAACAUCUUUAUCAAUGGGAAUGUUGGAAAGGUAAUUAAUCAACUCAUUCACUUUAUCUUUAGUUGAUGUGCAUUUAAAUCUGUUGAAUGUUUAGCUUACUGUUUCUAUCUUCUGAAGAAUUUGAGAUCUUAAUCCUGAAAGUAAUAUUUGGAAGUGUGUUACUGUCUCAAGUAGUUAAAUGGUAGUUAUUCUGGGAAUUCAAAAAUUAUCGGCACUGCGCAUACGCUCGUGUGCGCGUGUGUGAAAAAAUACUAAAAUUUCAAUAAACCAAAAGUACAGUGUAUAAGAACCUUGUAUAGG